AUGGGAACAAAACAGACUCGCGCAGUCCAGCAGGUCGUGUCGCUGCUGACAGCAGCGCUGCUUUCCGUCCUGCUCUGUGGCCCACUGCAUGUCUUAUCAGACUCAGAUGAAAUGCCCAUGACUGAGUGGGAGAUCUGGAAAAGCAACCACGGCGUACAAUACGACGAAUAUGAUGACAUGCAAAGAAAGGCCAUCUGGCAGAAGAAUAAACGAAUGAUUGAAGAUAAUAACCAGGGGUUUUACAUGGGAAUGAGGCCAUUUUCAAUGGCAAUGAAUAAAUAUGGAGACCUUACAAGACAAGAAUACCAGGUUCUGCAAGGUGCCAUGAUAGAUGCACAAUUUGUGAGAAGAGGAAGGGAUGUCUCGGCAAGACGACUGCGUAACAUCGCGAAGAAGCUAGAUGGCUGGUUUGUCGACUACAGGAGCCUGGGUUAUGUCACUGAAGUCAAAGAUCAGGGGUACUGCGGCUCCUGCUGGGCCUUCAGCACUACUGGAGCUAUAGAGGGACAAAUAUACAAGAAGACAGGCCAGCUCAUGUCUCUGAGUGAACAAAACCUGGUGGACUGUUCCAAAGCAUAUGGUACCUAUGGCUGCAAUGGUGCCUGGAUGGCCAAUGCCUACGACUAUGUGGUUAGCAACGGGCUGCAAGCAACGGACACCUACCCCUACACCUCAGUGGACACCCAGCCAUGUUACUACGACAGCAGACUUGCAGUUGCUCAUAUCAAAGACUACAGAUUCAUACCCAAAGGAGACGAGCAGGCUCUGGCUGAUGCAGUGGCAACUGUUGGGCCCAUCACAGUGGCUGUCGAUGCAGAUCAUUCCAGCUUCCUCUUCUACAGCUCAGGGAUAUAUGAUGAGCCCAAUUGCAACCCUAACAAUCUGAGCCACGCAGUGCUGUUGGUUGGAUAUGGCUCAGAGGGUGGCCAAGACUACUGGAUCAUCAAGAACAGUUGGGGAACCAGCUGGGGUGAAGGCGGAUACAUGCGAAUGAUCCGAGAUGGCAGAAACACUUGUGGCAUCGCCAGCUACGCCUUGUACCCAGUUCUAUGA